AUGGUCGGAGCUUCGACAAAGCAGGUUAUAAAGAAGGAAGUUCCUAAACGCUCUCGGGCAUUCAGCACAAGAGCUAAGACGGGUUGCAAAACUUGCAAGGUUCGCCAUGUAAAAUGCGACGAAGGGAGACCCGGAUGUAGGAAAUGUGCUGCAACAGGGCGUCAAUGUGACGGCUAUGCUCAUUGUACGCCCAGUCCAAACCCCAAACCUAGUGCAAUUUCGUCUUCAAUCGUCCCGAAAUCUUCCAGCCGUGCCACACAUGAAAUACCUCCAAUAAUUCCCGAUUUCUUGUCCCCAACGCUAGCUGUCAGUGAUCAGGAACAGCAUUCUUUCAACUUUUUCCAUAGACAAACUGCGCCUCAGCUAAGCGGUUGCUUUGGCUCGAAGUUUUGGAAUUGUUUCGUUCUGCAAGCUUCACAUCGUGAGCCGGCUGUGCGACAUGCAGCUAUUGCGCUUGGGUCUUUACAUGAGAGGUUUGAGUUGGAGGAUAGAUUUAUCUCUAAGGUAAAGGACGAUACUGAGGAGAAUUCCUUUGCCGUACGCCAAUAUGUGAAGGCAAUAAAUUGUUUGGUGCAACCGAACAUGUCCAAGCAUACAUAUAAGUCGGCAAACAUUGCGUUAACAACCUGCAUACUAUUCAUAUGCUUCGAGACUUUAAGAGGGCACCACGACUCCGCUCUCGCGCAUAUCGACGGCGGAGUAAAAAUAUUCUCGGAGCUAGAGGUAUCCGGAAACUCAACUCCUGUUUCGUAUGAUCUGCCUGAAGAUCAUAUUCCCGUUCCAAUAUUCCGUAUGUUAUUCGGCAGAUUAGAUACGCAAGCCUCGGUUUUAACUUCAAGGGCACGUAUAAUUGAUGGCGAGUCUGGCUCUUCACCAAAUUCUAUUCCAGACAGUUUUCUGAACAUUGAACAAGCGCGCGAGGCAAUGGAAUCAAUCUGGACAUAUAGCGCAAGAAACCUCUUGUCUUGCUCCAUGUAUAAUGGCGUUCCCCUUCCUCUCCCUACCAGCCAGGAAACCAAAUUACAAUUAUUGGCUCAUCUCGAGAAUUGGAACCGAGCGUUUGAAUCAUUUUCACGCAAGUCAAUCAAGAGAGGUAAUAUUGAAAUAGUUAGUCCGAUGGAAAUGAGAGCGAGGGACCUUCUCCGCCUGCACAAAACUAUGACCCAAAUAUUGGUCACGACCUCCACAACACAUUCUGCAAGGUUUAACGAAUCGAGUGAGCUACUUUGGGAUGAUUUUCAGUUGGAAUUCGAAGCGAUGGUAAAGUGGGCAUCCGAUAUUAUCCACACGCCAUCGAAUAUUCAAAUAGGAGGUCGUAGAGCCGCAAGUUUCACAUUAGACAAUGAAAUACUACAGCCCUUGUUCCUAGUAGCCACGAAAUGUCGACAUAGACGCAUAAGAAACAAAGCUAUCCUGUUACUAAGCCAGGCUGAUAGGCAGGAAGGUCUAUGGAACAGUUUGUUGACGGCAAAAGUGGCCGAGAGAAUUCGAGAAAUUGAGGAAAGUGGAUUGGGCGAAAUGAUAGCAAUAGUCCCGGAAUCGAAUCGCCUACGAAACAUCGAAAUGAAGUUCGAAUUUGAAGUCUAUCAUGGAAGAAGAGCGUGGCUUGGAUAUAGGACUUUCUCUGCGUAUGAAAGCGGAGAAUGGAUCCAAAUUUAUGAACGCAACACCCCGCCCGAGACGUUCAGAACACCGAGCGGGUCGACAGAUUCAUCUUUUCAGGUUCAUGAUAAUCUGAAAAUUGAAAGAAACAAGGAGCAAUCCUUCGAAUCAGCAUGGAGAGUCGGUAUCAAAUCAGAAUUGUAA